GCCACUGGGCUCCGAGACCAAGGGAGCGGUCAGCGCGGAGCCUGAGCCGCGCGUCCUGUCCUGAGUCCACGCCAGCAUGCCGCAAUGGCCCCCACAGAGGAGUCGGAUGACAACCUCAUGCGCAUCUACAUCGAAAUCUCCGCUGCCUUCCCCGACUUGCUCUUCAUCUUCGAGUCUGUCUUUGGGGGCCUCGUGUGGAUCCUGAUCGCCUCGUCCCUGGUGCCCCUCCCCCUGACCCAGGGCUGGGUGAUGUUCGUGUCUGUGUUCUGCUUCAUAGGCACCACUGUCCUGUUCUUCUCCUACCUAAUUGGCAGCCACUACAAGGAGAUUUCUUGGGUCAUCCUGGAGGCAGCCUACCACUGUAUCGCUGCCGUAUUUUACCUCAGCGCCGCCGUCCUGGAAGGUUUGGCCACCAUUUCCAUGCACAAUAGCUUCACCCAGGAGCAUUACCUUGAAAAUGCCUUUGCUACGGUGUUUUCAUCCACAGCCACUCUGCUGUAUGUGAACCACGCAUGGUUUUCUUUAAUCAGAUGGAAGUUUUUUCGAAGGAUAAGAAGAACUUUACCUUAAAAAAGAGACAGUGAUAACUGAUCAGUCCGCGUUUCAGCAUAACAUUUUAGCAUGUAGAAAUGCUCUCUAUAAUGGAGAAAGAAACCAAAAGAACAACUCUGUGUGUCUUGUGAGUGUUAUGCUGACUCUCCCCUGUCCCUCCUGUCAGGGUUGGGACUUGCUGUGUUUAACCUCCAACUCCUGAGCCGUCUUUCAGGGUCAUCUCCUAUUUGUGAAAGGGUCAGUGGAGUAGAGUGUGGGGACUGUGAUGUGAGAGACCACGAAACAAAGAUCCCCUGCUGAGCCCUGGACUGGAUCUUGCAAACUCUCUGCUGGAAUUUUCCACAGGCUCUUUUUGAGCCCCCAUCUGGUGGCGUGUUUCUAAGUCUUCAUGGAGAUUCUACCUGUCAUAGGGAUAAAACUCGCCUAACAAGUCUUUUUGCAGAUGUCCACGG